AUGGGGGAGCGCUGCCCGGUGCCUGCUGGCCCCCCUCAACACGACGGGGGUCCCGGAGCCACCCCUGUGCCCCCAGCCCACCCCCGGGACAAGUGGAGCAAGAAAAUGGAUUUCCUCCUCUCAGUCGUCGGGUUUGCCGUCGAUCUGGGCAACGUGUGGCGCUUCCCUUACAUCUGCUACCAGAACGGAGGGGGAGCCUUUCUCAUCCCAUACACGCUGAUGGCUGUUUUUGGAGGGGUGCCCCUCUUCUACAUGGAGCUGGCCCUGGGGCAGUUCCACAGGACGGGCGCCAUUCCCAUCUGGAAGCACAUCUGCCCCAUCUUCAAAGGCAUCGGUUUUGCCAUCUGCAUCAUUGGCCUCUACGUCUCCUUCUACUACAACACCAUCAUCGCUUGGGCUCUCUAUUACUUCUACUCAUCCUUCUCGGGCACCCUGCCCUGGGCGAGCUGUGACAACCCCUGGAACACACCCAACUGCACCAACUACUUUGGGAGGAACAACGUGACCUGGACCAACUUCUCCAGGUCCCCAGCUGAGGAGUUUUAUACGAGGAAGGUCCUGGAGCUUCAGAAGUCCGGAGGUCUGUACAACGUGGGGGGGAUCCGCUGGCAGCUGCUCCUCUGCCUUUUCCUCAUCUUCACCAUCGUUUACUUCAGCCUGUGGAAAGGGGUGAAAACCUCUGGGAAGGUGGUGUGGGUGACAGCCACGCUGCCUUACCUCGUCCUGCUCAUCCUGCUGGUCCGCGGGGCCACCCUGCCUGGAGCCUGGAGGGGGGUCCUCUUCUACUUGCGCCCAGACUGGGGCAAGCUGCUGAGCACAGCGGUCUGGGUUGAUGCUGCUGCACAGAUUUUCUUCUCCCUGGGUCCUGGAUUCGGUGUUCUUCUCGCUCUGGCCAGUUACAACCACUUCCACAACAACUGCUACCGGGAUGCACUCAUCACCAGUGCAGUGAACUGCCUCACCAGCUUCCUCUCGGGUUUUGUCAUCUUCACUGUGCUGGGCUACAUGGCUGAGAUGCGGGAUGUGGAGGUGGAGGAUGUAGCCAGAGACAAAGGUCCCAGCCUGCUUUUUAUCACCUACCCCGAAGCCAUCGCCAACAUGGUGGGAUCCACCUUCUUCGCCAUCAUCUUCUUCCUGAUGAUGAUAACGCUGGGGCUGGACAGCACGUUUGGGGGCCUGGAGGCCGUGAUCACCGCCGUGAUGGAUGAAUACCCCCAGGUCCUGGCCCAGCGCAGGGAGCUCUUCGUCCUCGGCCUCAUCACAGUCUGCUUCCUGGGCUCGCUGAGCACCCUCACCUACGGCGGUGCCUACGUGGUGAAGCUGCUGGAGGAGUUUGGUGCUGGCUGCUCCAUCCUGGCCGUGGUGCUGCUGGAAACCAUAGCUGUGUCCUGGUUCUAUGGGAUCCAGCGGUUCUCCCAUGACGUGAAAGCCAUGCUGGGCUUCACCCCAGGGCUGUUCUGGAAGGUGUGCUGGGUGGCCGUCAGCCCUGCCCUGCUGGCAUUCAUUGUGGCCAGCUCGCUUCUGGAGCAGCCACCCCUGGCCCUUUUUGACUACCAGUACCCAGCAUGGAGCACCUCACUGGGACACCUCAUAGGAGCGUCUUCCUUCAUCUGCAUCCCUGUCUACAUGGUGUACAAGUUGGUCUGGACACCGGGGUCCCUCAAGCAGCGCCUCGCUGUCUGCAUUCGGCCGGAGAAAACAGUGCGAGACCCCCAGGCAGAGGUGGUGGGCAUGGAGCCGGUCCUGUAG